AUGGGGCCCUCACGUCAAGUGUAUCUGCUUCCAUUGAAGGACGAUGGCUCUCCAGAUGUCCCCGGUGGAUACGUCUAUCUUCCUUCUCCGGGUGAUGAGGGUUACGUGCUUCGUUUCAUCAUCGAGGGAACCAGCUCAAUCUGUCGACAAGGUAGCCUCUGGGUCAACAUCCCAGCGGAGGGGAAGGCAUUUGAGCGAAGCUCGUUCCGCGAGUUCAGUUUAAAGCCCGAUUUCAAUCGCAACAUUCAGAUCGAUGUACCGAUCUCGAGUGCAGGCGCAUUUGCCUACUAUACGACUUUCACCCCGCUUCCGGAGUUCUCCGUAGAAGCCGUGCCCACGCCAAAGCCUACACAGACUCCUGUUCACUACAUCGAUGUAUCGCCGAAACUGACCCUCCAGGGGAAGCAUUUGCCUCUCAAUGCGCUCUCCAUUUUCUCACUGAUCUCCAAGUUCAUGGGAGCCUAUCCUGGAGAUUGGGAUAAGCAUUUGCAUGGCAUUAGCCAGCGAAACUAUAAUAUGGUCCACUUCACACCUCUCAUGCAACGCGGCGACUCUAAUUCCCCCUACAGUAUCUAUGACCAACUGACCUUUGACUCUGCCUUCUUCCCUAAUGGCGAGAAAGACAUUGCGUCGCUCGUGUCACGCAUGGAGAAGGAAUACGGUCUGUUGACGCUGACUGAUGUUGUCUGGAAUCACACAGCCAACAACAGUGCUUGGCUGGAGGAGCAUCCGGAGGCCGGCUAUAGUGUGGAAACUGCUCCCUGGCUGGAGUCGGCGCUGGAGCUGGAUACUGCGCUAUUGAAGUUCGGUGAGGACCUGGAGAGUCUGGGUCUUCCGACUGAGUUCAAGUCUGCGGAAGACUUGGUGAAGGUCAUGAAUGUUCUGCGUAAGAAUGUCAUCGAUGGGAUCCGGCUGUGGGAAUUCUAUGCACUCGAUGUGGAGGCCAACAAAAAGAAGAUUCUGGACGCUUGGAAGGGCGAGAGAAUCGCCCCCGCGGCUAUCCGGCACAUCGACCUCAGCAAGUUCGGUCAACUCACACCCAAGGAGCAAGCCCAACUAGUGCGCGACCACGGCAUCCCUGCUUCAAUGCAGGUCUAUGGGCGAUUCGGCCGUUCCGUGGACGCCAAGUUUGGCGCCGCUGUCCUGACGGUGCUGCACGGGGAUUAUAACCAGGAUUCGUCUGCCGCCGAGGCAUCCAUCUCUACCCUUCUUGAUGCGGUCAACUUGCCGCUCUACGAGGAAUUCGACAAGGAUGUUGCGGAUAUCAUGGACCAGCUUUACAACCGCAUCAAGUAUCUCCGCGUCGACGACCACGGACCCAAGCUGGGCCCUGUGACCAAGGAGAAUCCUCUGAUAGAGACAUACUUCACGCGUCUUCCUCUCAACGAAGUUACGAAGAAACACAGCCCCAAGGCACUCGCUCUGGUAAACAAUGGCUGGAUCUGGAAUGCCGAUGCAAUGCGUGAUAACGCUGGACCUGACUCCAAAGCCUACCUUCGCCGCGAGGUCAUCGUGUGGGGCGAUUGCGUGAAGCUUCGUUAUGGUCAAUCGCCAAAGGACAACCCCUUCCUCUGGGAUUUCAUGACCAAGUACACCCAGUUGAUGGCCAAGUACUUCAGCGGUUUCCGCAUUGACAACUGCCACUCUACCCCACUGGUUGUUGCGGAGUACCUAUUGGACAAAGCGCGCGAGGUGCGCCCGAACUUGACCGUCUUCGCAGAGCUAUUCACGGGUUCCGAAGAGGCUGAUUACGUCUUCGUCAAGCGCCUUGGAAUCAACGCCUUGAUUCGUGAGGCUAUGCAGGCUUGGAGCACUGCUGAGCUCAGCCGGCUGGUUCAUCGUCACGGUGGACGCCCGAUUGGAAGCUUCGACGUGGAUCUGCCAUCGGCUGGCAGCAGUCAUGCCAUUGCAUCUGCAGAGUCUGGAGUGGCUUCGGAAGAGAUCACGCACAUCCGCCCAUCCCCAGUCCAGGCCCUGUUCAUGGACUGUACUCAUGACAAUGAGGUUCCUGCCCAGAAACGUGAUGCCCGUGACACCCUGCCCAACGCUGCACUCGUCGCCAUGUGUGCCUCGGCCAUUGGAAGUGUCAUGGGCUACGAUGAGCUCUACCCACAACUCAUUGAGCUUGUUCACGAGAAGCGACAGUACACCUCGCCAUUCUCCGGUGAUCAGAAACUCGAAGUCGGUGCUGGAGAAGGUGGCAUCGGCGGCGUGAAGAGGCUCCUCAAUGACCUCCACACAAUGAUGGGUGUGGAGGGUUACGACGAGACCCAUAUUCAUCAUGACGGAGAAUACAUUACCGUUCAUCGGGUGCACCCCAAGACAAGAAAGGGUAUUUUCCUGAUUGCCCACACGGCUUUCCCCGGUCAUGAGAGCGGUGCUGUUUUGGCCCCAACUCACAUCGCCGGUACCCAGGCCAAGCACAUUGGAUCUUGGGUCCUCGAGGUCGACAGCAGUCCUGAGAUGAAAUCAAAGGUUGGCGGCGACGACAAGUACCUCAAGGGUCUUCCUAGUCGCGUGCGUGACAUUGAUGCGACAAAUAUUGAUAGCGAUGGAAAAGAUGUCACCAUCUCCGCAACACGUGGUCUUGUUCCCGGGUCGAUCGCUCUCUUCGAAACGUGGAUUCCUGGUGCCGAGCACGUCAGCGGUUUGGACAACUUCCUUUCAGCGGGUGCUGACGAGGCCUUUGCCGGCCUGAGCCUAGUUGAUCUGAACUUUGCGCUUUACCGUUGCGAUGCCGAGGAGAGGGACUUCUCCAAUGGCGAGGAUGGUGUUUACAACAUUCCCAAGCACGGCUCCCUGGUUUACGCAGGUCUCCAAGGAUGGUGGAGUGUUCUCGAAGACAUUAUCAAGUACAACCAACUUGGCCACGCGCUUUGUGACCACCUCCGUGAGGGCCAGUGGGCCUUGGACUACAUUGUCGGGCGUAUGGAGAAGACUGCCCGCAAAGAGACCUUCUCUACCCUUCAAAAGCCCGCCGCAUGGUUGCGUGAGAAAUUCGACGCUGUCCGUGGCUUGCCUAACUUCUUGCUUCCUCGGUACUUUGCUAUCAUCCUGCAAGUGGCCUACAAUGCUGCAUGGAAGGCAGGUAUUCAUCACUUCAGUGACAAUGUUCGCCACGGUCAAGAGUUCAUCCAUCAAUUGGCUAUGGUCAGCGUCCAACAAACCGGCUACGUCAACUCGGCUUCCUUGUGGCCCACCAAGCAAGUACCUAGCCUGGCGGCGGGUCUACCUCAUUUUGCCGUUGACUGGGCGAGAUGCUGGGGUCGCGAUGUCUUUAUCUCCAUUCGUGGUCUCUUUUUGUGCACUGGACGUUUCGAUGACGCCAAGGAGCACAUUCUUGCGUUCGCGAGCGUACUCAAGCACGGCAUGAUUCCCAACCUUCUGAGCAGUGGCAAGUUGCCUCGAUACAACUCUCGCGACUCCGUCUGGUUCUUCCUGCAAGCCAUUCAAGACUAUACCCAGAUGGCUCCGAACGGCAAGAGCCUCUUGCAGGAAAAGGUGCCUCGCCGAUUCUUGCCAUAUGACGAUACCUGGUUCCCCUUCGAUGACCCCCGAGCCUACUCCAAAUCCCCCACCGUUCUCGAGGUAAUUCAGGAAGUCUUCCAGCGACACGCAGAGGGUAUGUCUUUCCGUGAAUACAACGCAGGACCCGAUCUCGAUUGCCAGAUGAAGCCCGAGGGAUUCCAGAUCGAUAUCAAGGUCGAUUGGGAGACUGGCAUCAUUUUCGGUGGAAGCCAGGACAAUUGCGGUACUUGGCAAGAUAAGAUGGGAGAGAGUGAGAAGGCAGGUAGCAAGGGUGUUCCCGGUACCCCUCGCGAUGGAGCUGCUAUUGAGAUUACCGGUCUUCUCUACAGCGCGCUGAACUGGGUCUCGAAGUUGCACGAGUCCAAGGCCUACCCUCACUCGGGUGUUGACCUGGGCAAUGGAAAGUCCGUCACUUUCAAGGAGUGGUCUCAGAAGAUCAAGGCCAAUUUUGAGCGUUGCUACUAUGUGCCACUGGACGCCAAGGAUGACGCUCAAUACGACGUCGACGCCAAUGUGGUCAACCGCCGUGGAAUUUACAAGGACCUUUACCGAUCUGGCAAACCUUUCGAGGAUUACCAGCUUCGCGGCAAUUACCCCAUUGCCAUGACCGUGGCUCCUGAGCUGUUCACCCCAGAAAAGGCUCUGAAGGCGCUUUCCAUUGGCGACUCGGCUAUCUUGGGUCCUGUCGGCGUGGCCACCUUGGAUCCUUCCGACCUCAACUACCGUCCUUAUUACAACAAUUCGGAGGACUUCAGCGACUUCUCAACUUCCAAGGGUCGUAACUACCACCAAGGUCCUGAAUGGGUCUGGCAACGAGGAUACUUCCUCCGAGCCUUGCUUCACUUCGAUCUCCUCCGUCGCAAGACUGGCGAGGAGCGGACCGAAUCCUUCCAGCAAGUCACUCGCCGACUCGAUGGAUGUAAGAAGGCUCUGCGGGAAAGCCCAUGGAAGGGUUUGACCGAGUUGACCAACAAGAAUGGCGAACAUUGUGAAGAUUCGUCGCCGACACAGUCAUGGUCCGCCGGUUGCCUGCUCGACCUUUACUACGAUGCCGCUCAACUUUCCUAG